AUGUUUUGUCUUGCAGACAGCAGGAGCCUAAAUAGUGAACAAAAAAACCCCUGGACUUCUGAGGACUUCUGGCUUGAACCUUCUGUGAAAAGUCAAUUGGAAACCAAGGAAGAAGAUGCUGAACUUCGGAAAUCCCUGGAUAGAUUCUAUGAAAUGUUUGGCUGUCCGCAGCCAGCCUCUGGGAGUUCACUCUCUGCAUCUGUCUGCCGAUGCCUGUCUCAGAAAAUCACUGAACUGAAAGACCGGGAGAGCCAUAUGUAUACCCUCCGCACUUUCCAGAUGGCCCAGGUCAUCUUCAACCGGGAUGGCUAUUCAGUCUUACAGAGACAUUCCAGGGACACCCACUUCUAUCCACAGGAGGAAGCAAGUGCCUCUCUGGACAAUGAAAAGCCCACCCCAGGGCUUUCAAAAGAUGUCAUUUGUUUUAUCUUAAAGCAGAGUAUGAUGAAAGACCCUUAACUGGUGGCGGUGGUGAGAGCAGCCACUACUAGAGGUGAAGUGCUGUGGUUUGUGCUGUUGGUAUCCUCCACUCAGAGUUCCUGGGGGGAGUCUCUUGCCAGCUGUCUGUGCCCAGUCGACAGCUAAGUGCUUUGUAGUUAAGGGCUGGUACUUGUGACCAGGUCCAGGAGCCAGUCUGCCCAUAUGGAGAACCCUGUGGCCACCCCACCACUUGCCUUGGCCAAGGCCACUGACUGGCUGCUCUUCCUUGCCGAAAUCUAUGCUCCAGAACUUUCUCCCCUGGGGACCAAGCCUAGGCUGGAACUUCAUAUGAAAUCACAAUCUUGCUCCACUUCAUCCCUUCCCUGUCUUGUUCAUUUUCCCACUUACCUACUGGUGUCUCUCUGGGCCUUUCCUUAAUAAACCUUUUAUAUCUGAAUCCUUGACUUAGAGUCAACUCCUGGGAGAACCCAACCUAAGAGAACAACCUCUGUGAGAUGAGUUUUUUGAAGUAUAUAAAUCUCUGUGCUGAAUCAAGGUUAAGAAUUAUACCAAAUUGUGCUAGAUCUGUGGCUCAAGUGGUAGAGUGCCUGCCUAGCCUGUGUGUGAGGUCCUGAGUUCAAGCCCC